CUGGGCAUCUGCUCCCUUUGUGCUGCCCGAGUGCCUUCCCCCUGGGGUCAAGGGGUGUAGGGGAGCAGAAAGAGAGGCUGACACACCUCCAGUGAUGAACAGGCCGAUCCAGGUCAAGCCAGCCGACAGCGAGAGUCGAGGAGAAGACCGGAAGCUCUUUGUGGGGAUGUUAGGAAAGCAGCAGACAGAUGAGGAUGUCCGGAAGAUGUUUGAACCAUUUGGAACCAUAGACGAGUGCACUGUGCUCCGGGGGCCAGACGGUACCAGCAAAGGCUGUGCCUUUGUGAAGUUCCAGACUCACGCCGAGGCCCAGGCAGCCAUCAACACCCUCCAUAGCAGCCGGACCCUGCCGGGUGCCUCAUCCAGCCUGGUGGUAAAGUUUGCUGACACAGAGAAGGAGCGAGGUCUCCGCCGAAUGCAACAGGUGGCCACCCAGCUGGGCAUGUUCAGCCCUAUCGCCCUCCAGUUUGGAGCCUACAGCGUCUACACUCAGGCCCUGAUGCAGCAGCAGGCAGCCCUGGUAGCAGCUCACAGUGCCUACCUCAGCCCGAUGGCCACCAUGGCUGCCGUGCAGAUGCAGCACAUGGCUGCCAUCAAUGCCAAUGGCCUCAUCGCCACCCCUGUCACUCCAUCCUCAGGAACCAGCACCCCUCCUGCCAUUGCUGCCACGCCCGUCUCUGCCAUCCCUGCUGCCUUGGGCGUCAACGGCUACAGCCCGGUGCCCACCCAGCCCACGGGGCAGCCUGCCCCUGAUGCUCUGUAUCCCAACGGGGUUCACCCUUACCCAGCCCAGAGCCCCGCUGCCCCUGUGGAUCCCCUCCAGCAGGCCUAUGCAGGAAUGCAGCACUACACAGCAGCCUAUCCUGCAGCCUACAGCCUAGUUGCACCCGCGUUCCCGCAGCCUCCAGCCCUGGUCGCCCAGCAGCCCCCACCACCACCUCAGCAACAGCAGCAGCAGCAGCAGCAGCAACAACGGGAAGGCCCUGAUGGCUGCAACAUCUUCAUCUACCACCUGCCCCAGGAGUUCACGGACUCAGAGAUCCUCCAGAUGUUUGUCCCUUUUGGUCAUGUCAUCUCAGCCAAAGUCUUUGUUGACCGGGCCACCAAUCAGAGCAAAUGUUUUGGCUUUGUGAGUUUCGACAAUCCGGCCAGUGCCCAGGCUGCCAUCCAGGCAAUGAAUGGUUUCCAGAUUGGCAUGAAGCGCCUCAAAGUCCAGCUAAAGCGGCCUAAGGAUGCAAACAGGCCCUACUAAGGGCUUCAGGUCUCGAGAUACCAGAGGAAGGGGCACUUGAUACUCUCUUCCCAUGACUGGCCCCGGCCUUCUCUGCACAUCUGCCCUGGGCCUUGAUUGGAAUCUGGGGCAAAAGCUGCUUCAUGGCCCUAAGGGCCCAGGACCUGGCUCACUCCACCACCUUGCCUCUCUGAAGGGCCAUGGUUUUGCUUCCCUGGCUCCAAGAGCCUAUUUCCUCCCCAGUGUCCUUUUGGCCUUUGUGAGGAAGCAGGGAAUAGGCUCGAAGGCUCAGGGGUAUCUGCCUUCUGCUAAGGCUCCGAGUCGGGCCUCUGCACCCACCGCUCACACUUGCUCCCCUCAGUGGGCCUGGGGUGGCUGUGCAGGCCCAUGAGGGCAGCCGGGCGGGCGGGCGACCUCUCUCCCAAGCGUCCUCACCCCAGCCUCUUCCCCAGUAGGGGCUUCUCAGAAGCUGGUUCUCACAUUUCCCUCCACCCUCAGCUAGAGGUAAGGGUAUCUCCAAAUCCCAGGCUCCCAGCCCUAAAGCUCACUGCCUCCCCCAAGGGCCCCCUCAAAGGAGGGUGUGGGGGAGCCCUGAGGGCUGCCUCUCUGCCAGUCAGUCACAGAGACCCUCCUUUCACGAGGAAAAGACCUUCCCCUGAACCCCUAAAAAUGUUUACAGUCUCUGCUGGCCCCUCCAUGUAUAUACCAUGACCACCAGGGCAUUGCCAGUCCAACCAGCCAGACGCUGCCAUCCCUCUUUCUGGGAGUUUAGACAAUGUUGCCCUUGGAUUUUUUUUCCCUCUCUCUUGAUUUCUCCCUUUGCUUUGGGGGUAAUUGGGUAUUUGGGAGGAAGGGUGUGGGGAGGGCUAAAGGGGUUUAUUACCUGUUCAUUUUCUUUAGGAAGAGGUUUUAGGGAAAAGAACAAUGGGUGGGGGUGGGAUGGUAAAGGGCGAGAAGGGGGAGUCAAUUUCUGACAGUUCUCUACGCUUUACUUAUUUAUUGAGUUUUACUUUUGAAGAGUUGGUCUUUUCUGUCUAAAUAAAGAAAAAAGUUUAAAAGCACCAAA